AUGGCCGUGGGCGAGCCCAUGGAGCAGGAGGAGGGCACCGAGAGCGACGACGAGGGCGCCGAGGGGUACCGCAGGGGCGGCUACCACGUCGUGACCGUCGGGGAGGUCUACAACGGGCGCUACCGGGCGCGGGGCGCAGUCGGCCCGGAGCCGCAGACCGGGGUGCUGGCCAAGCUGGGCUGGGGACACUUCUCGACGGUGUGGCUCUGCGAGGACGCGCGGGAGGGCCGCUUCGUGGCCAUGAAGGUCCAGAAGAGUGCCCCGAACUACACCGAGGCCGCCUACGACGAGAUCGAGCUGCUCUCGCAGUCUGCCAGCCCAGAGGCAGGCCUGCGCCAGGCCUGGGAGCGGAGCCAGAUCGCGGGGCCCCUGGCGGACGGGCUGCCCCAUCUGCCCUUCACCGGCGUAGUGACGCUGCUCGACCAGUUUGAGCACCACGGCCCGAACGGCAAGCACGUGUGCAUGGUCUUCGAGACCAUGGGCCCGAACGUGCUCGCUCUCAUCAAGCGCUUCAACUUCAAGGGUGUUCCGCUCGGCAUCGCCCGCAAAGUGGCGGCCCACACUCUUAUCGGCCUGGACUACCUCCACCGUGUCUGCCACAUCAUCCACACCGACCUGAAACCCGAGAACGUCCUUGUCGGCUGCCCCCACGGCGUGCCGGUCAACAAGCACGGCAUCCCGCUCAUAGGAGGUUUCAGCCAGAGCGAGGUGGCCCACAAGCACGACACGAUGUUGCAGCGGCUCAUGUCCGACAAGGCGAAGAUGAGGAGCAGGAAUAAGGGCAAGAAGGCUGGCAAGGCCGCCAAGGCCGCCGCGCAGCUGGGGGGCCUCGCCGAGCAGUACCUGGCUGCGCGGGGCUGCGUGGAGGCGGCCGACCCCGCGGCUCCCGCGCCGGGCGCCCAGGGCCCGCCCUACAUGCGCCCGCUGCUCAAGCCCUCGCUGUCCGACCCGACGCUGCUCUCCAGCUACGGCGACCUGGAGACGAGGCUGCGGCCCCCGUACCACCACGACCUGGAGGGGCUUCUCACCGCGCGGCUGCUCGCGCAGGGGCCGGCGCCGGCGGCCGACGGGGGCCCGUCCGCGCAAGCCCAGCCGGCCCAGCUCGACCAGAAGCUACUGAGCGAGGUGCUGAAUCUGGAUCUUUUCGCGCACGAUGCGGUUACCUACAAGGUGGCAGACUUGGGAAACGCCUGCUGGGUUGACAGGCACUUCUCGGAUGACAUCCAGACUCGGCAGUACCGUUCACCAGAGACGAUCAUCAACGCUGGGUACGACACAUCCGCAGACAUCUGGUCGCUCGCGUGUAUGAUUUUCGAGCUCGUGACCGGCGACUACCUGUUCGACCCGAAAGCUUCGGAGGAGUACCCGCGCGACGAGGACCACCUCGCGCUGUUUGUGGAGCUGCUGGGCCCUUUCCCGCGGCAGCUGAUCUGCCAGGGGCGCAAGUCCCCGACCUACUUCAACCGCCGGGGGGAGCUGCGCCACAUCAAGACGCUGCGCCACUGGAGCCUGGAGGACGUGCUCCAGCAGAAGUACCACAUGCACCCCGUCGAGGCUUGCAACCUCGCCUCGUUCUUGCUCCCGAUGCUCCGGCUCAACCCCUCCGAGCGCGCCACGGCGGAUCAGCUCCUGCAGCACCCGUGGCUCAGAGGCCAGCCAGGCCCGGAGGUCGCGGCCAUGGUGGCGCAGGGUGGCGCAUGA